GGUUUGAGUUCAGCUGCGAUGAAGGACGCGUUCUGCGGCCGACGCUCUAAAGAGCGAGGAGGGGAGUGGGCGGGGCUGAGAGCUGGGGCUUCCUCCCCUGUCAUCGCCUGCCAUAGAAACGCCUCUGGACGCCCUCUGGGGCGGUCUUUCCCGUGGUUGGUGUAGUGUAGUCCGUGCCGGUUUCCUCUCUACCUUCAUUCAUCCGUCUUAUUCGCUUAGUGCUGUUAGCCAUGCAAAAGGUGGCUGUGAUCACUGGUGCCAGCAGUGGAAUUGGUUCUGCAUUGUGUGAGCGUCUCCUCCAAGAAGAUGCCAGCCUCCAUGUGUGCUUAGCCUGCAGGAACAUGGACAAAGCCAAGGCCACCCGUGACAGACUGUUGUCCUGCUUCCCUCAUGCAGACAUCAGCAUGGUUAAAGUAGAUGUUGGCAACUUGGCAUCUGUCCUGCAUGCAGCCACAGAAAUAAAGAAGAGGUUUUGCCGUUUGGAUUAUCUCUUCUUGAAUGCUGGGAUCAUGGUAAAUCCACGUAUUAGCAUCUCAGCAUUUGCACGUGGCCUCUUCUCCAGGGGUUCAAAGCAACACACAUGGGGUUCCCAGAUGGUCUCCCAUCCAAAUACUGACCAGGUCCAAACCUGUCUAACUUCAGUGAUGGAACAUCAUCAAGUGGAACAAUGGGAAGCAAACUCCACUUUUGUCCAGAGAGCAGUCCGAAUGCUGACCACAGCAGAGGGGCUGAUGACCCAGGAGGACAGGGUCACUUCAGAUGGCCUGCAGGAGGUCUUUGAAACCAACUUCUUUGGACAUUUUGUACUGAUCCGGCAGCUAGAGCCUCUCCUUUGUUGUCUUGAAAAGCCCUCUCAGCUCAUCUGGACUUCCUCAGUUAAUGCCCAUAGGUCCAACUUUAGUCUUGAUGACUACCAGCACAGCCAAGGCAGGGAGGCCUACAGCUCUUCAAAAUACGCUACUGACCUUGCAAGCAUGGCACUGAACAACCGCUUCAACAAGCAGGGCCUAUAUUCCAGUGUUGUGUGUCCAGGCAUUGUCAUGACCAACAUGACAUUUGAAAUUCUGUCCCCUUUGUUGUGGAAGUUACUUAUGCCUAUCAUGUGGCUGGUCCGCCUUUUUACCCGCACAUAUACACUGACACCGUACAAUGGAGCAGAAGCACAAAUUUGGCUGUUCAAGCAGAAGCCAGAGUUGCUGGACCCACUAGUGAAAUAUCACAGCUGUACCACCUUCUUUGGGAAGAACUAUGUUGAAACCCGCAAGAUGGAUAUCAGUGAAGACUUGGCUGAGAAGUUUUACAUGAAGCUGUUGGAACUAGAGAAGCAAAUGUUAGAGAAGCAAACGAUACAUGACAGCAUAGAAAAUACAGCAUAAAAAUAGUAAUGUCUCUAGCUGCCUCCUUUUGAGGCAAUGAGUGUCUUCCACUUGGAACAGGUUUUUUUAUUUUUUAUUUUCCUUUCUUGUUUACCUUUGCAAAGCAGAUGUCUCUGGAGAUGUAUUAUUAUGUUUUCAGGGGGCAGAGUGCUGAAGGGGACCAAAAAGCCUUAUUAUGUAAUGUCUCUGCUCCCCAAGUUUGGAGCUUCUUGUUCUGUGUGUAAAUUGCCUUUCUAAUAAAUUGCAGCCACAUGAAAUGGGAAAAAUCUGUGGGGGCUUCAAUCCAUCCCACUUGAGACUGGGUUCUUACUGUAGCUCAGGAAAUAUCCAUCCUAAGGAGAGGAUAUCAGGUUCAAGCAUCCUCAAAUGCUGUCCAGGCUUUUCUGUUUAGAAACCUGCUGCAGGAGCUGUUGACAACUAUAUUGCAUGCAUAUUCAGAAAUGCUGGCUGCCUUUUCCUUUGCAAAAAGAGAGAAAUUAUGGCCCCUUCCUCGAGUUCUGGCUGGAUACUAGAAUUGUAGGCAGACUUAUCUACACUUGAACACACACCUUUAAUGUGGAUUUAUCCUAUUGAGAGUCUACCUCCCCAGUAAUGUCCAUUCCUUGAAUAUUAUAGUCCCCCUUCAGAGGUAUUUGCAGUAGGCAGUAAAGCAGUAAAGCAACCUGUCUCAAGUUUAGUUUCUGAGACAUGGUUGCCCUAAUCCAAUGAAAGGCACAUUUGCUAAUGGAAGCAGGGUUCUGAACGUGUAUCCUUAGCUGGAUGAAGAACCACAUGCCCCAGUGGGUGUUGUGCCUGCAGUUUCCAACAGCUGGAUCAGAGGAGAAUUAUGCAAGGGUGCCUCUCUCACUGAUGGCUCCUGUUAGUUGUGUUUAGGAGAUGGCAGUUGCCUGGCUUUAACCUUCCCACUCCCCUCUACACCAAACAGCCAAUGAACACAAUUUUGUUUGUGCUACAGAUUCUUCCAAAGGGGCUGCCAAAAGCACACACUGGGAUGCGGGGCCAGUGACUGAAUAUGGUACAAGCAUUUUACUUUUAGCAACUAUACCAGCAGUUUGGAGUUAACAUACUGUACUGUGUAUGUUCUGUUUAGUCAUUUGACAGCAGCUAUUAGCUGAUAAAUUAAGUACUCUGUACCUUAUUUUAACCGUCUAGUUGGGGAAAAUUAAUCUUGGAGACAUCUUUAUACCCUUUUAGUUCAGUUUCCCAAGUGGUAUGACAACCUGUAUAACACAAACAGACUAUUAUUAUUAUUAUUAUUAUUAUUACAUUUAUGUCCCACUCUUCCUCCAAGGAGCCCAGAGCGGUGUACUACAUACUUGAGUUUCUCCUCACAACAACCCUGUGAAGUAGGUUAGGCUGAGAGAGAAGUGACUGGCCCAGAGUCACCCAGCCAGUAUCAUGGCUGAAUGGGGAUUUGAACUCAGGUCUCCCCGGUCCUUGUCCAGCACUCUAACCACUACACCAUGCUGGCUCUCAGACUAAACGACAUAAACCGGAUGCAGAAGCAUUGUAUUUGAAUCACAUUGUGAACUUAGAAUUUAAAUUUUGUAAUUUACAGGCUGCUGCUUUUUUUAACCACAAAAAGCCCUGAUUUUUGUAAUGUCUUCUCCCCCCACCUCCAUUAACUGUGAUAUUUUUAAUUCUCUUCAGUAUUUAUCGUAAUUUAUUCUGUGUUUUCAGUAGUCUGUGAGCUUCUCAGAGCAGGGCACUUAUCUCAACAACAAAUAAAAUGAAGGUUAGAUGUG